AUGAAUCCCUCCAUCCCACCUUCCACGGCUGAAUAUGGCGGAGAUGAGGUGUCGGCGAUUGUGCUCGACCCCGGCUUCUCGACGACACGAGCUGGAUUUGCAGGGGAAGACACACCCAAAUCCCUGAUUCCGACAUACUACGGGAGAUAUUCUUCAGAUGGCCAGUCGAAGUUGGUCUUCGGUGAUGAUAUCUUUGUUACGCCCCGGCCCGGUCUGUCGAUUCACAACCCAAUGGGUCGCGAUGGAAUCGUGGAGGACUGGGACAUGGCAGAGAAAGUAUGGGAAUAUGCCUUCACGUCGCGCCUGACGGGCCCAAAGCCUGGAAAUCCCCUACAGAACGGAUUGAACGACGUGCCGGAGGGCGAAUUAUCUACAGAAAUGGAAGGGGUGGAAACCGAGGAGAAGCUGCUUGCUGAUAGCCCGCUGCUGAUGUCGGAGCCCGGCUGGAAUCCCACGAAGUCGCGCGAGAAGACUAUCGAGCUUGCUAUGGAGAAGUGGGGAACCCCGGCCUUCUAUCUAGCCAGGAACGGUGUUCUUUCAGCCUUUGCGGCCGGCAAGGCUUCCGCCCUUGUGAUUGACAUUGGCGCUUCUAAUAUCUCCGUAACUCCGGUCCACGACGGUAUGAUACUGAAGCGGGGAGUGCAGCACUCCCCUCUCGGUGGUGAUUAUAUCUCAUCUCAGAUCCGCGCUCUCUUCAAGUCGAACGCCCCGCAGCCGAUAACGAUCACUCCUCAUUAUCUGAUCUCGUCCAAGACAGCAGUUGAUGCCGGCCAACCCCCACAAGCUAAAUACAAGACUUUCGCCCCCGACAGAGCUCCUGACGCAUCUUACAGAACACUUCUGGAAGAGCGAACCCUGUCCGAGUUCAAGGAAUGUGUUGUCCAAGUUUGGCCCGGCCCCAACAAGCUCUCCGCCACAGGACCCAACGGCGUCUCGAACGAAGAACUGGCCAAGAGCAGCCCCGGCCGGCCCUUCGAGUUCCCCGACGGCUACAACCAGGUCUUCGGAGUCGAUCGCUACAAGGUCGUCGAAUCCCUAUUCGACGCCAAAGCUGCAAUCCCGGACCCCGAAUCGGCAUUCCCCGCACCGACGCCGGCACAAACUGUGCCCGAGCUCAUCAAGAAUGCGCUGAACGGCGUCGACGUCGACAUCCGCCCGCACUUGUUGGCUAACGUUGUUGUCACGGGUGCCUCCAGCUUACUCUAUGGUUUCACCGACCGUUUGAACCAGGAGCUCAUGCAGAUGUUCCCAGGUCCACGCGUUCGUAUAUCGGCCCCAGGAAACACCGCGGAGCGGAAGUUUGGCUCUUGGAUCGGUGGAAGUAUCCUCGCCAGUUUGGGUACCUUCCAUCAGAUGUGGAUCUCCAAGAAGGAGUUUGACGAACAUGGUCCGAAUAUUGUCGAGAAACGCUGCAAGUAG